CAGACUCUACUGUCGGCUCUGGCUUCACCUGCCUUGGUGAGCCCUCAGAUGAGUCCAGCAUUGUCAGGACCGAGCCCUAGAGUCACAGCACCACACCCCUCAGCUCACACACCAACUCUCUCAGAGUGGCCCAGACCAGGUUCCAGAACUGGGCCGCCGCCAGGCACCAAAGUCACAGAUGAAGUCAAGGAAAUUAUAGUCAAGCGUGUCUCACUCCCGCGAGGUGCACGCCUGACGAUUGACGAGGUGAAUUACCAGGUGCAAGAGUGCAUUGAUGUUCUGAGUGAAGCCAAGGAGCAUGUCUCCAUGGAACGUUUGGAGUCGAUGCUUCUGGAGAAGUACCAGAGUUUUGAUAUGAGUUUGCCGGCUGCCCGAGAACACAACAUGAAGCUGGGGAAAGUCAAUGCAUACAUACAGAGCUUUGUGCGAACCCGAUCCUUAUGCACUUUGUACGAGCUGCAGGAGUGUUGCAGAGAGUUUCACCCAGAAAGAAAGGAAUUUGAACAUCUGAAGCUAGGACCCUUGCAAAAGAUGCCAACAGUCCAGGACCUAUUCAAGUUUCCGAUGGAUGAGUACAUUCCAGAAAUUACAUCUAUUGACCUGAUUGAGCACUUGCAUGGUUUUCUUGACAAGAGCAACAAGUGGACACAGCAAGUGAACUUGGAUGAUUUUUUGAAGUAUCUGCUGGAAGUCUACAAUGUCUCCAGCCCUCUGUCCCUAGGAAUUCGCAUGCGCAGUAUGCCCCUGGCAAUACAGAUGCUGAAGAAGUCAAAGAGAGAUGCAGCAGCAAACCGCAAGCACACUAUUGAAGAGCUGCAACAGUUUUUGAACAAAGACAUUCAAGAUGCAUUCUGGAAGUUUCGAGCCAGUAUUCUGCAGACAUCCAACGAUGGAACUCUUGAACUUCGCCGGCAUUACAUGAACUUGGCCCCAGAGGAUGCUGUCCGAGACAUCAUUACCAAGUUUGAACUCCUGGCCGCCAUAAUGGUGGCUGACACCUCGCUCCAUCGCAAGGUUGAGAAGAUGGUGAAACACUUUGAUCAAUUUGUCAAGAGCGUACUGGACUUGCCUGUCCCCCGCAUGUUGUACCACUUGUCUGUGUGCCUGUCGAACCUGCAGGUGCAGGAAACUGCACAGGAGUUUGUGGAGCUGGAGGUCAAGCAGAAGGAGAAGCAAGCAGCGGCCCAGGUGGAGAGUGCUGCACCACAGCAGAAGAAACCACCACCUACCAAAGUGGGGCUUGCAGAGAAAAUUGUCCAGUAUAUAAACAGAUGCCUGGAGCACGGCUCUCUUCACCUGUCUCACCUGGGGAAGAUCGAGGCUAAAGUGGUCGAGGAAUUUGACUUCUCCUCUUUUUACGAGAUGGGUUACGGCAGAUUUGUGGAGUUUAUCCUGGCUGAACCCAAGAUUAAAACGAUUCUGGAAGAAUGUGGGGGGACCGUCCUGGGAUCAAGCUCUGGAAGCCAUGAAAUGGAGUCCAUUUACAAGCCAAGCCAACUGGAACUGCUGGAGUUCAUCUGCCAGUCCAAGCAUGCCGGAGUAGCACAGAACCACCAGGUAGAAACUGCUAUGUGUGAGCAGUUCCAUGUGAGCGACCUCCGACACUUGGGCCACGGUAAUAUUUCCCGCCUGUGUGGAACGGCAGAAAGACCUGGCAAGCAUGUGAUGAAGGAAUAUCGCGUCAAUUUUGAAGCUGCCAUUUGCGGAAAACUCUGUCCCACCCCUCGAAGUAGCGGUCACGUGGGGAUCCAAGGCAGCCAAACUAAAGAAACAGCCAUGGCCUGUCUGACCACAUGUCCGCUGCUGGACGACAUGGCCGAGUGGAGCAACUGGUCACUUGUGUUUCAGCCUCAGCUAGGGCCCUUGAGGAGUUUUAUAGAGAAGCAUGGAGGACGGCAGGAGAUUGCAUUAGAAGGUGGACGGAAAACGGCCAUUUCUGACUUUAUGGCUCUAGAAGUGGAACCAGGAAAGUUCCUGAAGAUUUGCUCCCAGACGACACAAGAGCAGUUCUGUGAGGUGCUGGAGCAGGAGGACCCAACUGCAGCUGCAGGGUACCUGGUGUCCCUCAUUGUGGCCAACAGGGGGCUGGAGAGCACUCCUCUAGCUCUGAUAGCCAACGUGGUAAAGACCCGGCUGAUCACUCUGCACGCUCGCAGCCCCGGCAUGGGCACCCCAGGUGGCCCGCCAGCUUUUGAAAACCAAACAGUGGAUCUUGCUGUCCAGUUUGUGACGGAAAUGCUUCUGCGCCUACCUGUCAGAAUUGCUGUUGCAAUUGCUAAUCAGGUGCUGUUGGAGCCACUGAGCAGUGUAGUAGGCUCAGCAAAGUCUAAGAAAGAGAUUGUCCAGGCAAGCAGGCUCCCUACCCAGAAACAACGGCUGGAGUUGCUUGGCUGCUUGUUGGGACUUCCAGAGUGGACCUCCUCUAUGCAGCUGAAGUAUGUCUUCCCAUCCACUCACACGGCUGAGGUGACGGAUGAGGAUCUGAUGGAUCACGGGGAUGUGACAGCUCAAGCAGCAGGAGAAGAGGAGGUGGAUUCUGGAGACGAGACCGAACCAGAGGAUUCUGAUAUUGAUUCCAUACUUUCUGACGAUAAAGAGAGCACCCAGUCGCUGCCUCUGGAAGAGAGGACAGAAGAUGCAACUAAAGAGAGCAAUGUUGAAAAGGAAAUAAGUAGUCAAGAUGGAGAAGGCAGUGGUGAAGGUAAAGAAGACCCUGAUGAUGUUGAGGAAGAAGAGGAGAUUGAUCAAGAUGACAAAACUGAAGGAAAAGAAGACGAUCCUGAGGUUGACCAGAAGCUAGCAGGAGAUGUGAAAGAUGAAGAUGCUCUGACAACGGAGGCAUCAGCAUCAUCAGAAGACAUUACUGAAUCUUCAGAGACCACGGAAGACACAGUCAGGAGUGUUCAGUGUGUUGUUAGCGAACCUGAGGCAGAGAAGGAGCUGACGUAUGAGGAGAUGUGUCGUGCCAUUGUUGAAAACAUUCAGAGGGAGGAGUUUGGGCUUGGCAUCCAGUUGGAUGAAACUGGGGAGAAGCUGAUGAGGAAGCAACAUGAACGCCAAGGUCGCAGCCUUCAGAGACUGUCCAGAGACCUGUACAGCAAGGAGACUCACUUUGUGCUGGAGCUGAUUCAGAAUGCAGAUGACAAUGCCUAUGACAGCGAUAUUGUACCGUCAGUGAAGUUUGUCAUAGAUUUGUCAGGUGUCACUGUCCUGAACAAUGAGAUGGGGUUUGAAGAGAAAAACAUUCGGGCUCUGUGUGAUGUGGGCAGGAGUACUAAAGAAAAGCAUAAGUAUGGAUACAUCGGCCAGAAAGGCAUCGGGUUCAAGUCGGUGUUCCGAGUAACAGGUCGUCCAGAAGUGCAUUCUAAUGGUUUCCACAUUUGCUUCGAUGUCAGCAGUGGCCCUAUGGGCUACAUUUUGCCACAUUGGAUCGAUGAAUCGACACACGAUGUCAACUGGCAGACGAAAAUUGUCCUCCCUUGGACUGAGGAAAUCAAACAACAGAUUCAAUGUCACGCAGCUCGCUUCAACGACAUUCAGCCAUCUUUGCUGCUGUUUUUGCAUAGAUUGAAGGAGAUUACGAUUGAAAAUAAGGUGGAGGGCUGUGUGAUGUCUAUGCAGAGGAAGGACUUGCCAGAUAAGGUGGUGGAAAUCUCUCACUCCUAUGGGACAGAUCGGUGGUUGGUGCUGAGGAAGAUUUUGGAUGCCUCUGGUGUUUCUAUACAGAUGAAAUCAGGGGUAGAAGUUGAAUCCACAGAGAUUGCCCUAGCGUUUCCUCUCCAAGACAAGAUGGCAGCCAUUCAUUCACAGACCAAACCUUCAAAGCUGCCAGUUUUUGCUUUCCUGCCUCUAAGGUCAUACGGUUUUCGGUUCAUUGUGCAAGGUGACUUUGAUGUUCCCUCCAGCCGAGAAGAUGUUGACAGGGAUAGCUCUUGGAACCAAUGGCUAAGGAAUGAGAUACAUGUUCUGUUUGUAGAGGCUUUGGAAGCUUUUAAGGCUCACCCAGACCUGUCCCCAAUCAAGGCCCUCAUCUUGUACCUACAGUUCAUCCCGCUGGAGGGCGAGGUGAUGGACUUCUUCAAGCCAGUGACAACCAAGAUCCUGGCUCUGUUGAGAGCCAAAGAGUGUAUGCCCAUUCUCACAGAGGACAAAGCAUCCAUACAGUGGAAAAUCCCAUCGAAGACGGUGAUUGCGAAAGAUUCUCUUGUUCUGGAGAUCAUCUCCCCUGAGUCCUUGCAGCGUUUCCUGGGCUUGUAUUACCUGCACCCAGAUGUGGCGGCAGCUCUGGACGAUCCCUUGAUACAAGCGCUUGGCAUUGAGACGGUCACUACAGAACACCUGCUUCAUGUUGGUCAGUCCAUUGCACUUAAUUGGAACGACAAUGGAGGCACUGAACAAGUGACAGAGUUGGCCAAGUGGCUAGCCUGUGUAUACCGCAGCCUGGAUGACUUUCAGGAGAAUACACACAUCUUCGAGAAGCUGUGCAGUUUCAGGAUAAUCCCCUUGUCUGAUGGAAGUCUAGUGUCUCUGUCAGAUGUGACAGUGUUCUUGUUAAAUGAUGGACGAUCAGAGGCUGGUAAUCAGGCAAAGAACAAAGGCAAGGUUCGAGGUAAGUGUUACCCGCUGCUUGAGCUGAAGAAGGAUCUGAGCCUGGUGCAUGCUGCACUGACUAGCACCAGCGACAACGAGGUGAACUCCCAGGUGGUCAAGCUGCUGCUGAAGAUGGGUAUCAAGCAGAUGACCGCCCAUGAUCUGAUCCACAGUCACAUCAUGCCCGUCCUCAAGUCAGACACCUGGAAGGAAAAAAAGCGAGAUGUGUUGAUCAGCUACAUUGUGUACAUAAAGACUGAGCUUGACCGCAACCCAUCAGUUGUUGACAUGUCGGAGUUGAGAUCUGUCGCUCGAUUGGCGACAAACCAUGGGAUCCAAUCCCCGAGUGAGGAGGAUGUUCAUUUCUCAUCUGUUUUUGGGAAUAAAAUCGACUUACGUCGAGUAUUUCCUGGCAUUGAGUGGACAUUAGUGGACGGUGCCUACUUGCCCCAUUCACCUUCCCAUCACGACUUGCAGUCUUGGCAUCACUUCCUGUCCGACCUCGGAGUGGUGGACUUUCUACGAGUGCGGCAGUCUGAGGUUCACUUUGAUAAGAGCAAUAUUCAUGAAACCGCCUGGGCAGUUUACAAAGAUGUGUGGCCUGAUUCCUCUGAUGGGUAUACCGUAACUGACUUCCAGUGUGAAGAGUUCCACAAGUUGGUGACAGCCAAUCAGAAGUUAGACCAGCAAUACCAGCAAAUGGUGGCCUUGUACGAGCUACUUGACCUGGAGUGGGACGGCAAAUACAAAUGUUUCACCCACACUCGACUGAAAUCUGGCUCAGGGCAUGUGUUGAAGGAAGAUAUUAAGAGUUCCUUCGCCAUCUACCUGGAGACCUUGUCAUGGGUUCCUGCCCAGUGGAAGUCGGUCACGAUUCAUGAGGACAGUAAAACAGCCUCUGCCUCUGUGAACCAGGACCUGCGUAUGCCCGGGGAGCUGUACGUGCAGGACAGACUCAUUGAGAACCUGCUGGCUCACACCGUCAAGUAUCUCAGUGUCAACCCACAGAAGAACAGUUCUUUUACCCAGUACUUGCAGAUCAAGUCUAGUGUGAAUGUGUCGACUUUGAAGGAAGCUCUGAUCUCAUGGUGCCGCAGGGAUGAGGCUCUACCAGACACACCCAAGGUCUUCUCCACAACUUUGAAACAUCUGUAUGAGAUGUAUGUGUAUCUCAGUGACAACCUCAGCCAGAAGGAAGCCCAGGAUCUGUUCCACAAGUACCCUGCCAUCUUCGUCCCAGUGCUGAGUCAGAGUCAGGUCAAAGAGGGGGAGAUCCUGGUGGGUUCGAUGCUCAGGAGAGAAGAGGUCUGGUGGGCGGACCCGACAGAGCUGUUUACUAAGUACAGAGAUUCUCUGGAACUGUACAAAUCUCCUCUGGCCAAGCGCAAGUUUCUGCAGCGAUGGUACCCAAUUCUGGAAGAGAUGUUAUUGCGGGCAGCUCGAGUUGACAAGGAGCCAAGCACAUUUGAUUUGUCUCAGCUGCUGAAACACGUUGCAACAGUUAAUUCUGUGUCUGACCCAGAUGUUCUGAAGGAUGUCUUAUUUCUGUUCUCAAAAAUUGGGUCAGAUCUCAGCAAAGUGUCUAAGACAGAAGGAGGGGUGAAAACAGUUGAAGCCAUGAAAGCAGAAAUCAACAUGCCCAAAGUUGUCGACCUGCUUACCAAGUCAGCGGUGUUCCCUACAAAGCAGGGCCAGUGGGUCAGUCUCACUGACAACCCCAUGAUUGCCGAUUCUCCCGAGUUGGAGCAGAUGUUUGAAAUGAAGCCCGGUGUUCACUUUCUGCAGCUUGAGGUUGCACAGACAGGGAAGCCCAGAGACAGAGGUGGUCGGGGACCCAAGAAUGCUAUAGAUGAAGAUGGCCUUAAGUAUUGCAUGGGUCUGUUCGAUUCCAUCAAGCUCCUGAGCGAUUGUGUGACCACCGAAGAGAUAACAUCCAACUUCCAGCAGUGCCGCAGAGGUCAGAAGUUCAUGCACGAUGUGGUGGGACUGCUGCAGAAGUAUCUGUACUUUAUUUUCCCUCAAGUCUAUGAACAAGUCAAGGAAAAGAAAGCCUCAACUUUGAAAGAACUUCUGUUCAGCCAGGUAGGUCAGUUAGAGGUCAGGUACGAGUUGAUUGGCCGCCCUGAUGUGUUUGAGAUCAGACAAGAGAAGUGUGUGGUCAAGGACAAGCAUUUUUACUUCCACGAGCAGUACAUCGGCAACCAGGCGGACAUUAACCGGGAGGUGGCCAAGUACUUUUCCGAGGGCAAUGAUGAAUGUUGCAAGGAACUCAGGAGCUUCUUGUCUCAAGUGGUUCCCAUCCUAGAGGGGAAGUACGAUGAGUCGAUGGAGGAGCUGCUGGCGAGGCAGAAGAAGCCCAUCAGGAACCUUCCGCCUGAUGAGGAAGUGUGGGUGGUUCCGCCCCCGAUCAUCGAAGUGGUGCCCGAGCCGGAGCCAGAGGUGGUGGAGCAGCCAGAGGAGACCAUGGUGUAUGGCAGAG